CCAAUUAAUUGAUAUAAAUUAUUGCUAAAGAAAGAGAAAGAAACAAACAAAACCAGUGGAAAAUUCAAAGUGCAGAUGAUCUUGUUCGAAAAUGAAACCAACUUCCCAAAAUCUAUUUUGAAAAUUCUUGAAAAAAAAUGUUCCCUCCGGUUCUGUUCAUCCUGUUCGUACAGUUAGCGCUUCCAGCUUCAUCUCUCGACUUCGUCUUCAACUCCUUCACCGCCGCCGCCGCCGCCAACCUCACACUCACCGACGACGCCCUCCUCGAGCCGCCGGUGGUCCGGUUCACCAACGACACAAACCCCUUCUCAAUCGGCCGGGCCUUUUACCCCUCCAGAAUCCCUUUCAAAACCCCCAAUUCCGCCAACGUAACGACGUCGUUUUCAACUCAAUUCGUCUUCUCAAUCCUCCCCGACAUCGCCACCAGCCCCGGAUUCGGCCUCGCCUUCGUCCUCUCCAACUCCACCAUCAUAACCAACGUGAUCGCCGGCCAGUAUUUCGGCCUCUUCUCCAACUCCACAACCGUCGCUCCGCUUCUCGCCGUCGAGUUCGACACGGGUCGGAACACCGAAUUCAACGACCCGGAUGGCAACCACGUCGGCAUCGACCUGAACAGCAUCUUAUCCGAGGUAACACAAACAGCUGGUUAUUACAACACCACCGCCGGCGGUGCUAAUUCCACCUUUGUGCCCGUCGCCAUGAGAAACGGGCAGAACAUCCACGCCUGGAUCGAUUUCGACGGCCCGAACAACGAAAUCAACGUGACGAUUGCCCCAGCUGGAAUGACCCGGCCCGCCACAGCCCUGCUGUCAUACAGAGACCCCAAAAUCUCAAACUAUAUCGGGUCGGAAAUGUUCGUCGGAUUUUCGGCAUCUAAGACCCAAUGGGUUGAAGUUCAGCGAGUGCUAGCAUGGAGUUUCAGCGAUGUUGGGGUUGCCCGAGAUAUCAACACCACUGGAUUGCCCGUUUUCGAGUUAGCGAAUUCAAGCUCGUCUUCGUUAUCUCAACCCGCCAUAGCCGCCAUUGCGGUAGGUUGUGCUUUGGCGGUGAUUCUUGCCGUGUUUCUAGUGUACUGGUUUUGGUGGAGGAGAAAGAAAAUGGAGGAAGAAGAUGAUGUCGUCGAGGAUUGGGAGAUGGAGUAUUGGCCUCAUCGAUACUCCUACGAGGAGCUUAGUUUGGCCACAAAGGGGUUUUCGAGCGAAGAACUUCUCGGAUUCGGUGGAUUCGGUAAAGUCUAUAAAGGGACAUUAGCCAAUAACACAGAGGUGGCGGUGAAGUGCGUUAGCCACGAUUCGAAACAAGGGUUGAGGGAAUUCAUGGCUGAGAUUUCGAGUAUGGGGAGACUACAGCACAAGAACCUAGUUCAAAUGAAGGGGUGGUGCAGAAAAAGGAACGAGCUUUUGCUCGUUUACGAUUACAUGCCAAACAGUAGCCUCAACAAGUGGAUAUUUGAUAAACCGAAGAAGCUCAUAGGAUGGAAAGAGAGGAAGCAGGUUUUGGCUGAUGUAGCGGAGGGUUUGGACUACCUACACCACGGUUGGGAACAAGUGGUGGUCCAUAGAGACAUAAAAUCGAGCAAUGUCUUGCUCGAUUCCGAUAUGCGCGGUAGAUUAGGCGAUUUUGGCUUAGCAAAGCUUUAUACGCAUGGAGAAGUGCCGAAUACGACUCGGGUAGUGGGUACUUUGGGGUAUUUAGCCCCCGAGGUGGUGACAAUGGCUUCUCCGACGGAAGCUAGUGAUGUGUACAGCUUUGGGGUGGUGGUGUUGGAGGUGGCGUGCGGGCGGCGGCCGCUGGAGACGGCGGUUGAGAGGGAGGAGGAGGAGGUGUUGAUGGAUUGGGUGAGGCAGAAGUACGUGGAGGGGCGGCUGUACGAGGUGGCGGAUCCCCCCGCUCGAAGGGAGUACGAGGUGGAGGAGAUGGAGGCCGUCUUGAAACUCGGGCUGUCUUGUUGCCACCCGGACCCACUUCGUAGGCCCACUAUGAGGGAGGUUAACGCGUUAUUGUUGGGCGAGCAUGUUGUUGAGAUGGGCCCCACACCGAAGGAUUUGCUAUCUGAAUUGACGAAGCAUGUUGAUAGAGGUGAAGGUGAAAAUGAACAAGAAAGGGUUUUUCUGCAAGAAGAGGUUUGAGUGUUUAUUUAUUUUAUUUAUUUAUUAUGAUUUUUCGUAGCUUUGUUGUUGUUUUAUAAUCGCUGUGUGCUUCGAAUCUUGUACUUGUUUCGGAAUUUUUUAAAAUGUAUAUAUAUAGUUUUUCAUGAGGUUUUGAGUGUGAUUAGGCAGCCUUCUUUUUUCGUUGAUCUUGCCAAUUUGUUGUGUACUGUAAAAUUGUGGAUUUUCUGGUUGAGAAUAAAGUUAUACAUUUCUUUUA